AUGGAUGCUUUGAGAAAAAAAAUUCAAGACCUUCAAGAGGAUGUUUUUUCCAAAAGGUACUGACUGAUCAAUCAUUGGUUGUUUCUAUUUUUCUCGACUGUUCACAGUCCCCUAUUUUUCCGCAAGAUAUAUAUCGCCAAUUGCAAGAUCCAGCGCUUUGCGUUUCGUGCUGCCAUUGGUGACACUCGGUACACAUGAAACCAAGUUGGCUGCACGUACAGGUAACUCUCGGUCCUGACGGUCUUACACGAAAAAGCAGGGGACUGUGAACAGUCCGAAUCUACAGUACUAGAUUCCAGCCAUGUUCGAACCAGUUGCAAAUAAGUGGGAAGUUACUUCCUUGGGCAUCAAUAUAGAAACUAUAUCUUAAAAUCAGAUAUUAACAUUACAACGCGGGUUGCUGGUAAAGGGAAUAACGUUGCUGUCAACAUUGGUAUAAUAAUGAUGAUGAUAACCAACAAUCAACAAUUACUUUACUGACAGGAUGAUGGUUGAGGAACUCACCCGACAAAAGGACGAGGCUGAAGAAAGACGCGUUCUGCUUAAAAACGUACGAAUGGAACUGAUGACCAAAGUGGAACAGAUUGAGCUAAAGUUACAGAGAAAACUACAACACCGUCAAAUGGUGUUGACUGAGUUAAUGUGAGUAUCUUAAAGAAUCCCGUUAAGUACAGUACAUGAAGUUCAUUGUCUCACUCAUGGCGUUACGCGAUUUCCUGACUCUUGAAAGUUUCUUUACACUGUUUCAUGAGAUUUGUUAAACUGAGUCAAGUCUUUAAUUAGACGACCUACAGUGUUCUAUCAAGAACCAGGGGCACCCAACGAGAAUAUAGUUCAAACCCACUUAAACAUAGCAUUGUUAAACGUAUUUUAGUAUUUUAACGGUAGAUUUAGGCAUAUUUUUAUCCCCUAAAAAUUUUUCAUCUGUUCGGAUUUCCUAGCUGAAAGUCUCGAGAUCCGAAAAUCAUAGGGAUCAAAACUUACCUUUUCGAAACUUUCAGCCAGAAAAAAGGCUCCCGAAAAUUCUAGGUGAGCUUUUUAGGGUAAAAAUCUGUUAAAAAUGGGCAAUUACACCAAUUUUUAGAUGUUCGAAAACCCUAGGAGAGGUAGGCAAGCAAGAAAUUUUAUCGUCUUCCGAACAGAUAUUUUCCGAAAAUUGACGUUGGGUGCCCCUGAAGAACUAGGAAUAAACACGACGCACAGCCAAGCGUUUUGAUCAGGACUUGAUAAAACCGUAUUGAUAGCUAGCUAGAUAACUGCAAGUUUUAAUUGUCCGGCUUCAGAACUUUCCUUGAUCGUAGAUCUGUUCACGAGUCUUUGAUUAUUUUGGGGAGAACACAGGAGCGAAAAGCAAGGUCCUUAAGUAAAAAAAGAAACACCAACACGCUAUUAGUUUUCUCUUCUUUUGUUAGUUCUUUAACGCGAGUAAAGGUAUAAACGGAUAUUUAUGGUAAACCAAAAAUACUGUCCUUUCUUUAUUGUUUUUUUUUCACAGCAAACUCAGCCUUGGAAGAUUGGUGCAACAAAAGAAACUAGAAGCAGUACAAAGAAAAGCGACAUCCUUCAUGGAGGAACUGUCAAGAAAUGAAAAAAGAGCAAGAGCAUGGAGGGAAAAUCUGCGCCGUGUCGGUUCAGAGAGCAACAUACACACUGUCGUAUUACAGCCGCGACUGGUGUCUUAUGCUGUCUGA